AUGUGCAUUCCCGCUGCCUGGUGGGGGCGGUUCCAAACAGGCCACAAGAUCGGUCGGCGAGAGUGGCAGCAAUACGCGGGUACACGCAAACGAAACGAGCAUCAUUUGCCUGUGUACUCAUUCGUGUGUGUGUGUAUGUGUGUUGUCUGGUUCAUCCUGACGAUCGGCGUGACGGCCUUCGUAGCUGCAUUUUGAAGGUGGAGCAUCUUCAAGGCGGUGCGGAAGGCUCACCAGGUGAAAGGGAGUCACCUAUUGCAGUGCGUGGGGGAGCUGCAGGGGGCUGGAAUCAAUGCCGCUGGAUUGUCUCAUCUGAUGAUGCCUCUCUUUUGUUCCUUGUGGGUCUUUCUUUGCAGAUCAGAUGGCACUGAAGCGUCGCCUACACUCCAGAGAAGCUAAAAGGGGCCUUUCUCACCAUCGACAAAGCCCCGUCCCUCACCCCGGCCUGUCCUCCUCUUGUCGACCUGUCGACCUGACUGGCCUGCUCGUCCAUCUCGAGAACGCCCCCAAGACGUCUGGGUACCACGCCGAUGUCAGAAGGCAACAGGACACCGCCGAGACGUGCACCGCCCUCCUGCACCUCAUCGAUAGUGAGGAGGCAGCGGCAGGCGUUGCAUCCGACCAGCGGUUCAACGUCCUCAUCGGCAGCUCAUUCGUGAGCCGACUGGUGAGCAUUCACUGCUGCGAUGGCACGGAGAGGGCGGAGUCGCAGCGGAUGGUGUCCUUGGGGAUCAGUCGCGUAAUGAAUGCCUCCAGAGAGUGGGUGCUGAUGGAGCUGGUUGAGGAGACCACUCUGAAACUUGAGCUCAUGAAGGACGCAGCGAGAUGCCCCACUUGCGGCCGCCGUCGAUACAAACAGUAAGAAGAAGCAGACAAAGGGAGACAAGGAAGGCGACACAUGGAAAACCUCACUUUCUUCUUGGCUGAUGCAGGCUGUGUUUUGACCUGCCAAAUGACGUGCUCCCUUUCGCUGCGAAGCGCAACCAGAACGUCUGCAAGAACAACGGUGAUAUCGAUCGUAGUAUCCGAGCCCCCUCCCCGUACACCUUCCCAUGA